UUGUAUGAACGCUGUCAAAUUUACUUCGAUUAACAUAGUUACACGUUGGCAUAUUAUUUUUUGUCUAAAAUUAUACCGUUUAUAAUUUUACUAAUAUACCGUUGUUCACCUGCUGGGUAGCGUCAUCAUCCGAUCGGAUCUCUUUCUCUUUCUUUCAGUUGAAUCGUUUCUCAAAUUUGCUGCGCAAGUUAAAAUUUCCGAAGAUCUAUUUUAUAUAAGUUUGGAUACCGUUUGUGCAGAUUGCAGUACUUUUUAUUUUCCAGAGUAUUUCUUGAAUAUCGUAUGUCCAUCCAGAAUCUUAACACAUUCGACCCAUUUGCUGAUGCAAGUAAGGGUGCAGACGACGAUGUUCAAGACGGACUUGUUCACAUAAGAAUACAACAACGUAAUGGUCGUAAGACUUUGACUACUGUCCAAGGACUCUCCAAAGAAUAUGAUCUGAAGAAGAUUGUUCGAGCAUGUAAAAAGGAAUUUGCAUGUAAUGGAACAGUAAUAGAACACCCCGAAUACGGAGAAGUUCUCCAAUUGCAAGGUGAUCAAAGAGAAAAUAUAUGCCAGUGGCUUACUAAGGCGGGUUUGGCAAAACCGGACCAACUGAAGGUACACGGUUUCUAAUGAACCUUAGAAGUGAUACUUUUAAUCUAUGUAAAUGUCAAAUGCUGCGCUCUUAUUUAUAUCACGGAAUUAUUAACAGAAUAUGCCCAUUCGAAAUUGCUAGCAGCUAGCGGUUAGCAGUUUUGUACAAUAAUUUUAUAAUUGUGCCUUUCCGUAAAUACAUUAGUUCUCAAAUAUUGUGUUUUUCUUUUUGAUGUUUAGUUUUUAAUGUGUUUCAAUUAAUAAUAAAUGUCUGGUUUAGUG